GAGCACUAUCAACUAUACACAGCAGGUGGGGAAGCUGAAGAGGUAUAAAGCUAAAGUCCAGUAACUGCAUUCUCCUCACUCAAGUUCCAUCACUGCAUCGUCUAUACAACUCGAAACUUCGGUCUUCAUUCACAAUCCCAACACCGCUCACAAUGGCCCACACCAACCGCCUCAACAACACGCACGUCCUCGUCUUUGGCGGGACAUCAGGCAUCGGCUACGCCAUCGCCAACAUGGCCCUCUCCAACGGUGCCCGCAUAACAAUCUCCGGCAGCGCCCAACCCAAAGUCGACACCAAAGUCUCGCAACUGCGCUCGCUUUACCCCGACAUGCCCGCUGAGAACGUUGCCGGCUUUGCUUGCGACCUGUUCGACAUCGCCAACCUCGAAGCCAAUCUCACUGGUUUGUUUGACAAGGUCACGCAAGGCGGUAGCAAGAAGAUUGAUCAUAUUGCGUACACGGCCGGCGACUCGAUUAGUCUUCCAGGUGUGAAUGUUGUUACGCCGGAAGCGUUGCUGAAGGGGUUUAAUGUCCGCCUCAUCGCACCCAGUAUUAUCGCCAAACUCCUAACAACCGGGGAAUACAUGCCUCAAACCGUGAACUCAUCAUUCACACUGACUGGUGGGACAAACACGCACAAGCCCUUUCCCGGAUGGACGUUUGUCGCCGCGGUAGGCGCAUCUGCUGAAGGCCUCAUACGUGGACUGGCAGUUGACUUGAAUCCCAUCCGCACGAACAUCGUUAUUCCUGGGGCGACUCAGUCGGAGUUGUUGCAACCUAUGUUGGACCGGAUGGGUGAGGAGGCGACAGCAAAGUGGAGACGGGAGAAUAGUCUGACGGAUACGCUUGGACAGCCGGAGGAGAUUGCAGAGGCGUAUGGAUAUCUUAUGAAGGACAAGUUUGCCAAUGGGAGCCAAGUCACGAGUGAUGGGGGGAGACUGUUGGUUCCUGCUGGCCAGUGAUGUAGAUGCUAGAUAGCCCUUCAGUGUGAUAAACGCCCUCGUUUGUGUUGGUACAGUCUUGUCGACGCCUUCGGAGAAGUCUGUUAUCUCGCUCUUACAAUCAAUCCAUUUCCUGAAUACUGCGCUCGCUCAGCUUCGGCUUUCGCGCUUCGGGUGUAUCGAGGUCCGUUACUCUUCUAGUGAGCGCCAUGUACUUGCCCAUCAACUCAUUCGUCACCUUCAUGGUGUGAUCGAUGAAGAAGUGAUUACCGCC